AUGCUGCUCAGAGUUUCUCACCGCUUUUCGAUCCUCCAUCCACCUCCCAAAUUCUCCUUCUCUUCAUCCGCCGUCACGAAGCUCGCCUCUCUCGUCCACAGCAAGGGGUUUCAGCGUCUCCCUCGAGCAAGGCUGCCCAGACCCAUGACGGCCCAGGCCUCCGCCCGGCUCGGUAGAUUCGCCGCCUUCAUUGCUUCCGGCGUCGAGAAUGACAGCAGUGGUCCUAACGGUUCCCUCGCGUCCUCCCCCUCUGCCGAUGAAGAAGAAGGUCCGCCCUGUUGCAAAUUCUCGCUGAGAGUGGAUUCGAUCUUCUUCUGGGCUGCAAUUGGGUGCUACUUCCGGAGAGUGGAAAACCCGUUACACUGUUUUUUGUAGCAUUUCUUCUCAUUUUGAGAUUUUUCAGGUUCCUGUUCCUCUAUAUUAAAGAACUUCGACGUCACCAUGAUGACGAAGAGUAUCUGAAAUUCUGCUUUUUAUUGCUCGCAGUCGACCUCUUGCUUGUUUCGCCGGGGUUCCUUGCGAGAGGGGCUUUGUGAUUCGUGCAUUGAAUCCUGAAGGGGAUAAUCCGGUUUUUCUAUUUUUUCAAUUAAUUUUCUGCCGAUGAUACAGAUAUAUCACCAUCGGCAGGCGGGUACCGCGUUCCGCCCAAGGAAAUCAGAGACAUUGUCGAUGCACCGCCGCUUCCUGCUCUAUCAUUUUCUCCUCAGAGGGAUAAAAUUCUAUUCCUGAAGCGUAGAGCUAUGCCUCCGUUAUCUGAUCUCGCUAGACCCGAGGAAAAGCUUGCUGGCUUAAGAAUAGAUGGAAGCUGUCACACGCGGAGUCGCAUGUAAUCUGCCUAAUGAUCUUUGCACCCCUAUAUUUAUCAAAAUUUGCUGUGAUUUUUGGGUUUGAAUGCUCCAGCGGCGUCACAAUAUGUUGUUGACUUCAACCAUUUUCAUCAGGUCAUUCUACACCGGCAUAAUAAUUCACUCACUGGAGGAAGAUGGUUCAUUAGGUCCUGAGAAGGAAGUGCAUGGAUUUCCUGAAGGCUCCAAAAUAAACUUUGUUAGCUGGUAAUCUCUUGACCCACACAAUUUUAUCAGCAAUGCACGAAAGGCCCUACGCUCAACAGUAGCCAAACAUCGUAUUGAAGAAUCUGAUUGUUGAAUGAUGAGGUCAUUUAAAUCCACAGUAAGGGAGAUGACUAAGGAUGCUAAUGGAAUUUUUUGUUUCCCAUAGAUCCUGGUGAUUCCUAUUUUUUGCACAAAAUGAUGAAUUUAUUUUCUAGGGUAGUAAGUUCCAAGUCCUCAUGAAUCGCAUUAGUAUGUUUGCUUAUUCUAUAUCAGGACACUAACCCUCUUAUUUUGAAAAAAAUAAAUUUCAUGAAGGUCAUGCGAUGGUCAGCAUUUGUCUUUCAGCAUUCGAUCUGAUGAGGUAAUCACUGGUCUGCUCAAUGAUGAGGAUUUUCCAACAGCUUAUUUUUAUUUUUUUCGUAAUAUCUCUUUAAUUACCAGGAAGGCAAUGACAGCAGCAAGCUGAAACUCUGGGUUGCUGAUGCUCAAACAGGGAAGGCUAGGCCAUUGUUUCCUUCGCCAGAUGUAUAUUUAAAUACUAUUUUUGACAAGUAAGCCCUUUCCAUGCUUUUCCUCAUGCCAUCUUGCAAUUCCUCAUAUCUUUUUUCAUGCGGUACUCCUUUGCUUGUUCUUUGCAGUUAUGUCUGGGUUGACAAUUCUACGCUGUUGGUGUGCACAAUCCCUAAUUCUCUUGGGGAACCACCCAAGAAGCCAUUGGUUCCAUCUGGUCCAAAGGUCCAAUCCAACGAGGCGCAGAAUGUCAUACAAGUCAGAACAUUUCAGGAUCUUCUGAAGGAUGACUAUGAUGCAGAUCUGUUUGACUAUUAUGCCACCAGUCAACUAAUCUUGGUCUCCCUCGAUGGUACAGUAAAGCCUAUUGGGCCUCCUGCUGUAUAUACAUCAAUUGACCCAUCUCCUGAUCAGAAAUUUAUUUUGGUUUCUUCACUCCACCGGCCAUAUUCUUACAUUGUCCCAUGCGGAAGGUUCCCAAAGAAGGUUGACUUAUGGACCACUGAUGGAAAAUUUGUCAGAGAAAUCUGUGACCUGCCUCUUGCAGAGGAUAUCCCAAUUGCUUUCAGUAGUGUCCGGAAGGGAAAGCGUUCAAUCAACUGGAGACCAGACAAGCCUUCGACGAUCUACUGGUAAAGAAAUUUUGGUUUUUUAAUGCCUCUUCUUCUUCAUUAUUAAACUGUCUUAUGCAUAACGUAUCUGAAAAUUUUCAAUGUAAUGUCUCAUGUGUUGAAUUUCCCUACAUUCUGACUUCAUUGAAAGCCUUCUUCAUUACGUCACCAACUUAAAUUCACUCAUCAAUUCAAUUCCAUGUAGAACAUCCCACCACUACAAGACCAUGGUAUGCAGGAUAAAUAUUAGACCGAAACUGUGAAGUGUUGCACCCCUUUGAAAUGGGUGGAUGUACAUGACACCUAUGGGCAGUUGCCAAAGCUCGAGGCUUGGGAGUAUCAACUAUCCGUAUGGUGCUGUAUUUGAGGGGUUCCAUCCACAGAUUAGUACCUCGCUUUCUGUUGUACGACAUUUGAAAAAAAAGGGGGGGGGGGCGCGAACAGUAAUUGAGGUUUGUCCUCUGUUGGAUGUUCUUGAACCGCAGUUUUCGGGGCAAGACAUACCAGAAUAUCAGGGCCACAAAGGUCAUCUGACAUAAAAACAGAAUCCUACAUUUGAAAAAUGUUGUUAAUAAUCUUGACUCCGGAUUUUUUGAAUUCGAGGUAGUAUUUGACCCUUUUAAUUUAUUAAUUCUGAAGUUGUAGAUACUGGCAAUAUUUGUCUCUAGACGGCAAUAUUGACAAAAGGAAAGCAUGUGCAAUUUUUAUGAAAACCAGAAAAAACUCAAUUACACAGAGGAGCCAGCUCUGAAGUAUUUCUGCUUAAAUGUUACUUUAAUUUUCUUGUGCGAUAUCACAAGAUGUGCAUGAAAAUCUCACAAUCGAAGUUCAAGCACAUAGGAGGUCUAUUUUCAACCAUGUAAAUUAUUCUGUUAACCAUAAAAGCCAACAUGCACGUGGAAAUAUCACAUAUUUAUUGUUGGAUUCCAAAUUGCUUUAGUUUCCGUGGUUUAUGAGUCAAAACUAUCUUAACCUUUACUAUGCUGGUGUCAACUAGGGUUGAAACACAAGAUGGAGGAGAUGCAAAGAUUGAAGUCUCCCCUCGUGAUAUAAUUUACACAGAGCCUGCUGAGUUAGUAGAUGAUGAGCAGCCAGAGGUUUUACAAAAGCUUGAUCUUCGCUAUGGGUAUGUUUACUAUAUUUACUGCCUUGUUCUUUGGAAUGACCUCGAAUCACCAGAUUCUUCAUCCUGAUUGAGUUCCAAAUGUUCAUGGGUAUCACAGAAUGUUGCAUUUUUUCUUCAUUAGAAUCACCACUGAUUAAAUGAUAUCGACUCUGCAGAGCAGUCUCAAACCAUGAUAUAAUCAGGGUCAUAAACACUUCUAAGCUAUUGAAUAUGCUACUUAUCAGUAAAUUUUGCGGUAUUCGUCGAUCGGCAAUGUAGCAUGUUUAUACAGAGGCCUUUCUCCCUAAAUCUGUCACAGGAUAUUUUGCUUCUCCGUGUUCUUCAUCAAAAUAUCUCAUUAUAUGUGUAGUGUAUCCUAGCUAAUUGUACAUUGAUGAUUCAAAUAUCUUGGUUUAAUAUUUCGACAUAAUUACCUGUCUAUUCUUUCUAUUCUCCUUCUGACCUGCAUAUCAUAUUUUUUGUUAUUUCUUUUCGGAAAUAAAUAUUUUAAACCUUUCUUUUCUUCAGUGGCAUCUGUUGGUGUGACGAAUCCCUGGCUUUGGUGUACGAAUCUUGGUAUAAAACAAGGCGUGUAAAAACAUGGGUUAUAUCCCCUGGAAACAAGGAUCUGGGACCACGGAUACUGUUUGAUAGGUCAUCUGAAGACGUGUACUCUGACCCAGGGUCCCCCAUGCUGAGGAGAACAGCAGAAGGAACCUACGUUAUUGCAAAGAUGAGAAAGGAGGAUGAUGAUGAAACUUAUAUCUUGUUAAAUGGAACUGGUGCCACUCCUCAAGGGAACAUCCCAUUUCUUGACUUAUUUAACUUGUAGGUUCACUAUACCCAGUUUUUAAACUUUGCAAGAACUGUUGAUGCUGCAUGGGCAACUGAGUUUUCUUUUUCUCUUCCAGUAAUACGGGCGCUAAAGAACGAAUAUGGGAGAGUGACAAGGAGAAGUAUUAUGAAUCUGUUGUCGCAUUGAUGUCAGACCAGACAAAUGGCGAUUUACGCCUUGAAGAAUUGAAAGUACUGACAUCGAAGGAAUCUAAGACUGAAAACACUCAGUACCAUCUACAGACGUGGCCUGAAAAGAAGUCAGUCCAGAUAACACAAUUUCCGCAUCCAUAUCCCCAAUUGAAAUCGCUUCAGAAAGAGUUAAUCAAGUACCAAAGAAAGGAUGGCGUUCAACUGACAGCAACUCUUUACUUGCCUCCGAAUUAUGACCCUGAGAGGAAUGGACCUCUUCCGUGCUUAUUCUGGUCCUAUCCUGAAGAAUUUAAGAGCAAGGAUGCAGCUGGUCAAGUUCGUGGUUCCCCUAAUGCGUUUGCUGGGAUCGGUCCAACUUCAGCCCUUCUUUGGCUCGCAAGAGGGUAAUACUAUAUAAUAUUUUGCUUUUACUUUUUUUUCUGGAUGAUUGCUAUGCACUGUAAAUUUCUGUUUUGUUUAGUCAUCAUCAGAAAUUAUUAGUAAUUUUUUGAAGAAAUAUGAUCGGGUAUGACUGAACUAGUGAAGUCCAUUUAAAGAUAUGGCCUCUUUUUUUUUGAAAGUGGACUUUACCGUAACAUCCGUUGCCUGGAGGAUGUGUGGUUGUCUACGCAGUUUUUUUGCACAGUAUGCCCAUCUGACAUGGUUGUUUAUUGUUGUAUUUAGCUCUUCCUAUUUCAUUUUGCCGUAUAAUCUACCUUUCCUUGUCACUUAUCGCACUUUAAGUUUUUCUGUGAAGCUUAUGAGAAAAUGAUAAAACUUAGCACCGACUAUGGGCUGAAUUUAUUUUGAUUGCACGAAUCCUUCUAUUUUUUAUUUAUGAAUUUUUGGUUGACAUAAUGUGUCAUGCAGAUUUGCAAUUUUAUCUGGACCAACAGUACCAAUCAUUGGUGAGGGUGAUGAAGAAGCAAACGACAGGUAUGUAUUAUCUUAUUAAUCCUUGCUUAUUGUUGUUUAGGGUAUAUCUUGAACGUACCUGAGCAGGCUUUAGUUAUUUGAAGCUGUUAUGGAUAUUCCUCAGGAGGGGUAUUCAGGGUUUAUUUUAUGAUAUUUUUUAAUCAUUUCUCAUAUGUUGAACAAUGCCACUUUAAGUAUACUUUGGUUACCAUCAGUUUGGUUGACCAUGCGAAGUUUCAAAUAGGUAUGUAGAACAAUUGGUCUCAAGCGCAGAGGCUGCUGUUGAGGAAGUCGUACGUAGAGGGGUAAGCCGCCUCCAUUUCUUCCCUGAAGGUUAACGAUUCUUCUAUUAUUCAUAUUCGUUAUUAUGCAUGCUGCCUUGAUCAUCAGGUUGCUCAUCCGAAUAAGAUUGCUGUUGGAGGUCAUUCUUACGGAGCAUUCACGACAGCCAACCUCCUCGCACAUGCUCCACAUCUCUUCUCUUGUGGGGUUGCUCGGUCUGGGGCUUAUAACAGAACACUUACUCCUUUUGGUUUUCAGGUAGAGGGAUUAAUGCAGCUUUGUAGGAUAGCGCUUGAUGGCUUGUUGGCUGAGAUGUUGCUAUUGCUUCUCUUUAUUUUGGCUGAAAAUGCUCAAGCCGAUUUCCUGAUCAAUCGCUUUUGACACUGUUUCAUGGAUGGCGGUAGAAUGAGGACAGAACGCUUUGGGAAGCGACAAAUACUUACGCUGAGAUGAGUCCGUUCAUGUCAGCAAACAAAAUAAAGAAGCCCCUCCUGCUUAUCCAUGGAGAGGAAGACAACAAUUCGGGGACACUAACAAUGCAGGUGAAAAACCUUGCGAUGUAUUUGCCUUUGACUUUUUGUAAUUUCUAUUUUGACUUUCUUAGUUUAUAUCUCUUAUUCUUGGACGUUUUGAAUUGUACUGAUCAUACUUGUUAAUCGUUUGAGAACGUUUAAUUUAAGAAUUAUAAUUUGGAUCUGAAGACAAUGAGUUAAUUCUCGUAGUGGACCCUGGAAAAUGAAUUCAUAUUUGUAUUUAACAUUUAAAUUUGGAUUCUUUUUCGAAAAUGUAACCUACUAAUAUUUAUUUCUUCCUUUCUCGUCAGAAGCAUUUGCAGUAAAAGACCUUUCUUUCAUUGUUUCUAUCCAUUGAACCUAGCAGUUGCACCGAAAAGAUAUGGACUUGAUUUUGAUGGUUAAAAACGGUAGAAUGUUUAGAAAAACAUGAAGUAGGUUGAUUUAUUAAUUCAUUAACCAUCGCCCUUCAGAAAAUGCGUAAGAAGAUGACAGCAAUAGCCAUGGUCUAUUUCCAAAAGAUGCAGUAAAUCUCUGGGUCGUGGCUGUGUUUCCUUAGACUACAGGUUUCACCUUGAGGUUGUUCCUUACGUUCCUUUAUUCGUUUUUUUGUCGCCAUGCAGUCAGAAAGGUUCUUCAGUGCGCUCAAGGGCCAUGGCGCACUCUGCCGUCUGGUAGUUCUUCCGUUUGAAUCCCAUGGUUAUUCUGCAAGAGAGAGCAUUCUGCACGUUCUGUGGGAGACUGACAGGUGGCUGCAGAAAUACUGUGUAAACAGCAGCGAUAAGCCUGGAGAUCCCAAUGCCCUUAAAUCGGAUGAAACCGGGAUCACGUCAGGUGAGGGUGAAAGUAAGGUCCUUUCAGUCUCAGGAGGCGGUGGUAAGGAAGGCCUUGAGCAAGAGAGUCCCCAUUCGACCUGGAGAUCGUCGUUGUGA